UACCUCCUUGUCACCGUAUUUACAUACAUCUACGGUGUAAUUGUAGGACACGUUGAUAAUAAUUGGUCUUGCUGCGCGCGCGCAUGCCGCCGUGAGUCAUCGGCGAGCGCUUUGCGCACAAUGCCGUCCGAGUCGGUCCAGUCGCGUCGCGGCAUACUUAGAGGACAUACAUAUUACUUAAGUCACGAUUUUGUGCAAACGAGUAUUGGUGUUUACGAAACAUUGUUACGGGUUCGAUUAUAAAUUAAAAAAUAUAUUGUGGCUUACCGUUGUGAAUUAUCGAGACGAUGACUGCGGUUAAGAAGGCGCUGGCGAUGCGACAGUUGGAUUCGAUGUUCGGAACUUUGACCUUAGAGGGAGAGGGCCGUCACUCCCCAUUAGUCAGCUCCACAAUCGAGCACGACCCGCAUUGUGAUGUCCACGGCCGUUGCAGCACUCCAUACAGAUCUUCAUUGUACCUUCACAGCAGGGAAUCGACACCUGGUUACAGGGAAUCCAUUUCGCCCACAAAUGGUCUCUUUAUAAGGCGAAGGGGCUCGCUGGGAAUACCGACGUCCCCUGUGAGAGAGAUCGAACAUCCCUCUACAUUCCCGAGCAUUCUCCGUCGUGACCGCCACAGCCCUUCGCAGACGCCACCGCGCAGGGACACACCGAGCCCAACACACAAAUACAACACAAAAAGACACUCAAUGGGAUCAUUUCCAAAUCUCUCCCGGAGCAACGUCGUGAAUUACAACAGACGGGACUCUCUGAACAGCAACGGUGUUAGAGAUAUGAAGAGAGAUUACGUUGGAUCGAUGAAUUCACUGUCAAGAAAAAGUUCUAUCGAUACAAAGAAGUCGUCCUCAGAUUCUCUGGAUAACUGGCACAGUUGGGAGUACGACCGGCACGGUUCGAUGUCGUCACUGGCGCACGAGGACCGGCUCUCUUGCUUCCAUAAUAAGGUAUCUGUUCCGUACAGUGCUCUACUGUUACAUCGAUUACAGCAUCUCUUUCAUGUCCUAAUGCGUGAAUAAUGUUACCAUAUGUAAAUAAGUAUCGAUGUGCAAUAUAUAAAUAUAUCUGAUGAGGGCAUACUUCGUAUCCGCGCAAAAUGUUUAGUCAUAUUUCAGUCUUUUUUUUUUCGUAGUGAUGUACCUCGAUGUUUACACACCGUACGUAAUGCGUGUUUUUUGUCGAUAUCGAGUAUUGUUUUAAAGUUCGCAUAGUGCGUUAUAAUUAAAGCGAACAACGCUAGCUUAUGGAUUAUUAUACGCUAUUAUAUAUAAAACCGUUGUAAUGAUCUAUUUUUUAUUUUACCGUUAUAUAGUUAAUGAGCUUUGCGAUUAAAACUUACGUAUCAA